CUGGGCUUCCUCCACAUUCUGCACAUCCCCGUCCUGGAGUGAGAAUGUCAGCAGGUGCUGCAAGCAGGGAUGAGAGAAGUAAAGGACGAAGACUUGAAGAAAAAGGCAUCUUUAAAGAAUAUCACUCUGAGGAAAAGAUGGAGAAGCAGCCCUUGCCAACUGACGAUGACAGGACAGGAACCACAGAGUCCGAGAUCGACUGCUAUGUUGGUGAAGAGAGCCAGCAGGGCUCGUCUGAGCCUGCCGCUCGAGCAGGAUGGAACAGUAAAGUAGAGUAUUUUUUGGCUCAGGUGGGAUUCAGCGUCGGGCUCGGAAAUGUGUGGAGGUUUCCAUAUUUGUGCCAUCAAAAUGGAGGAGGAGCGUUUCUCCUCCUGUAUGUACUGCUGAUGAUGGUCGUGGGCAUUCCCUUGUUCUUCCUGGAGCUGGCAGCCGGUCAGGCCAUCCGACAGGGCAGCAUCGGAGUGUGGAAGUACAUCUCCCCCAAGCUGGCAGGGAUCGGCUACUCCAGCUGUGUGGUAUGUUUCUUCGUGGCUCUCUAUUACAACGUGAUCCUUGCAUGGAGUCUUUUCUAUCUUGGGAACUCGUUCCAGUACCCGUUGCCUUGGGAACAGUGCCCAGAACAGGGGAAUGUAACAGUAAAAGAAUGUGAAACGAGCUCCCCCACAUCGUAUUUCUGGUACCGCAAAGCCUUGGAUAUCACAGACUCAAUUGAUGAGACGGGCUCUUUCAACCCUUACGUGGUCUGCUGUCUGCUGGCGGCCUGGACAGUCGUGUGCCUGGGAAUGUCCAAGGGUAUCAAGUCCUCUGUCAAGGUGAUGUAUUUCUCCUCCAUCUUUCCCUACGUGGUGCUGUUCUGCUUCCUCGUCCGAGGGCUCCUGCUGAAUGGGGCCUUGGAGGGAAUCACCUACAUGUUCUACCCCAAGCUGGAAAUUUGGGCCGACAUUCAGGUGUGGCGGCAGGCAGCCACGCAGGUCUUCUUUGCCUUAGGUCUUGGCUUUGGGUCCAUUAUCGCCUACUCCUCUUACAAUCCCAAGAACAACAACUGCCACCGCGAUGCCUUCACUGUCUCCACUAUAAACUUCCUCACAUCUGUGCUGGCCACUCUGGUGGUGUUUUCUGUGCUCGGCUUCCGCGCCAAAGGCAAGGCCAUGGAAUGUGUAGUCAGUAAUAUGAGGGAGUUAUCAGAGCAGUUUCACAGUAAUAAUGUGGACAUAAAACUGAUGCCAGACUUCAACUACUCUGAUCCCAGUUCUGUGGCUCUAGAGGACUACAGAGCCUGGUUUAAACAUUAUGGAAAAAAUGUCCCAGGCAAUUUAACAGACUGUGACCUGGAAAAAGAGAUGCAACAGGGUGUGGAGGGCACAGGUCUAGCUUUUAUUGCCUUCACAGAGGCUAUGUCACUCCUGCCUGGCAGCCCCUUCUGGUCAGCGCUCUUCUUCCUCAUGCUGCUCAAUUUAGGACUCAGCACCAUGUUUGGCACUAUGGAGGGCAUCCUCGCCCCACUCACUGACCGCUUCAAAACUCUGGCCAACAACAAGACCAAAUUCACAAUUUUCAGCUGCGUCAUCGGCUUUGUAAUCGGACUGCUCUUCACCCAGCGUUGUGGGAACUACUUUGUGAUGAUGUUUGAUGAUUACUCCGCCACUCUGCCCCUCAUCAUUGUGGUGGUUUUUGAGACCUUCAGUGUGUCUUGGCUAUAUGGAGCUGAUAGGUUUCUCGAUGACAUUGAGGCCAUGCUGGGCUGGCGUCCCAAUGUGAUUUACAAGUAUCUGUGGAAAUACAUCUGCCUGAUUGCUAUGCUGGGGCUGCUGGGAGCCACCACCAUUCGCAUGUUCAUCAAACGCCCCACUUAUAUGGCAUGGAACCGAGAGACGGCGUCUGAGGAGCACCUGGACUACCCAGACUGGGCUCUGGCCGUUUUGGCUAUACUCAUCGUAUUUGCUAUGAUGCCUGUGCCAGUGGGCUUGAUCCACGCUGUUCUGCAGGACAGGACAAAGCAAACCGCCACAGAAACGGAGACUGUUCAGUACAGCAUUGUCAGCACUGAUGACAAGUGUGAAACUCCUAUGACGGACAUGUUGGAACUGGACCGAAGGAACGGGAGCGCCGUCUUCUUUUCCUAAACGCUGGACAUGAUGUCACACAGUGGGAAAGGACUUUCAGUCAAAUUGUCAGUGGGCCAUUUUUGAACAACAAUUGAAUUAUCUUAUAGAUUUUAGUGAAACUGUGGCACAGAAAGCAAUCGCAAAGUGGGACAAAAGAUUCCUUUUUAAUAUUUAAAACCUUUUCCACUUUUUUAUUCUUUUUAACUUUAAAUUAAGUCCAAGGUAUCCAGAGAAAAAUACUAAUACUUCAACAAGUACAACUUUUAAUAAAAAAUGUGUAAUAUGGAACAAAAAAUAACUUAUUGCUGUGUAGUAACACAGGGUAACCACUAAACUGAUUGUUAAGGUGCUGACACACCAAGGAGAUUAUCGGCCGUUGGACAGUCUGGCGAGGUCAGUGACUCGAAUCUGUUCGGUGUGUCCCUUGCCGUCGUCAGUCUGGGGGGCUGUCGG